AUGGCACCAUCAUCCUACCCCAUGGACGACCUACCCGCAGGCCCAGCUCCCUCUCAGAGCCCACAUGAAAACCAACCCCCAAACCCCCACAAAACCGACCUCAACACCCCCAUAGCCGAACUAUACUCCUGCUCCGGCCACCGGCACCCAGACUACCCACACACCCUGCGAGAAUACUACCUCCUCACCUCCCAAAAGCUCGACAGCCUAGUCUACUUCUACCACCAAGUCCACCCGCCAACCGAGCAGACAGGACAGUACCCGGUGAUGAUCCGUCCGUGGAUCGGGACAAGAGACGGGCUGCAUCUCGAUGUCGAGAGUAAGCGCGCCAGUUUCGGGACCUUUAUCGGGUUCCCGGAGUACAUUGUUGAUCCUAAGUUUGGGAACCCGUUGAGGUAUAAUGCGCAGCUGGAUGGGCCUGUUGGGGUUAAUGCUGUGGGAGAUGGGGAAGAUGGGGGGUCUGUGAGGGAGAAGAAGGGGUUAUUUUCGUGGCUUGGGUGUUGCUAG